UAUCUAACGCCCCGGGGGCGCUCAUUAGCUUUUGCCUAAAUAAUUUAAUAAAAACAAGAUAUUGUUUUGGAACCAAAUAAAUGAUAGACCCUUUUAUGCCCCUAUUUAUUGGCACACGCUUCACUUCCCCUCCUAAAUUACAAAAAACAAGGAAAAAAAAACUGACCAACUUCCUUCUUUCUUCUUCAAAUUCCCCUAUAUUUUUCCACUAAAUUAAUUUCAUUCUUUUUUAUGAAGAAAAAAACCUUGAUAAUAAUGGAAAAAAAGAGACAAGUAAUGCUAGUGUUAUUCAUACUAUAUUUUGGUAUAGGAAUUAGCCAUAAACUAAGAGAUGAAGAAGAAGCAGAUCGUAUAAUAUCACUUCCUGGUCAACCUAAAGUAACAUUUCAGCAAUUUUCAGGUUAUGUAACGGUUAAUCAUGUUGCUGGAAGAUCCCUCUUUUAUUGGCUCACUGAAGCUGUUUCCAACCCUCUUUCUAAGCCCUUAGUCAUUUGGCUCAACGGAGGGCCAGGAUGUUCGUCAGUGGCGUACGGUGCAUCGGAAGAGAUAGGGCCAUUUAAGAUAAAUAAGACAUCAUCAGGAUUGUACAUGAACAAAUUCUCUUGGAAUUUGGAUGCAAACCUUCUAUUCCUUGAAACUCCUGCUGGUGUUGGCUUCUCUUACUCCAAUACGUCGUCUGAUCUCUAUGAUACUGGUGACCGUCGCACUGCCAGGGACUCCUUGGUAUUCUUGGUCCAUUGGAUGAACCGGUUCCCACGCUACAAGCAUCGAGAAAUAUACAUAACCGGUGAGAGCUAUGCUGGACAUUACGUCCCUCAGUUGGCCAGGGAAAUUUUAAGCUACAAUUCAAUUUCCAAGCAUCCCCUAAAUCUCAAAGGAAUAAUGGUUGGAAAUGCUGUUACAGACAACUACUACGACAACUUAGGGACUGUGACAUAUUGGUGGAGUCACGCCAUGAUCUCUGAUAAAACGUUUCAUCAAUUAGUUAACACUUGUGAUUUUCACUGGGCAAAGAACUCUGACGAAUGUGAAACACUGUAUUCUUAUGCCAUGGAUAAAGAAUUUGGCAAUAUCGAUCAGUACAACAUUUAUGCACCACCUUGCAAUAACUCUGAUGGCUCUGCUGCUGUUUCAACCCACAGGAGCAUGAAGUUGCCUCACCGUCCUCAUCAUAUUUUGAGAAAGUUAUCUGGGUAUGAUCCAUGUACCGAAAAGUAUGCUGAAAAAUACUACAACAGGCCAGACGUGCAGAAGGCUCUGCACGCUAAUACCACUAAAAUUCCGUAUAAGUGGACUGCCUGCAGCGAAACUUUGAAUAGGAACUGGAAUGACAGUGAGGCCUCGAUUCUUCCUGUUUAUCGCCAGCUGAUGGCAGCUGGUAUACGAAUCUGGGUAUUCAGUGGAGAUGUGGAUUCAGUGGUGCCAGUAACAGCUACUAGGUAUUCUCUUGCACAAUUGAAGAUGAAAGUUAAAAUUCCAUGGUAUCCUUGGUAUGUUAAGAAACAGGUUGGAGGAUGGACAGAGGUAUACGAGGGGCUAACAUUUGCGACAGUAAGAGGAGCAGGGCACGAAGUGCCGUUGUUCAAGCCAAGAGUGGCCCUUGAGCUAUUUAGAGCAUUUUUGAGAGACAAGCCUCUCAGUAAGUCUUGAUCUUAACAUGGUUUAGCAUCAGCAAUAUAUUAGAAAUUCAUUGUCACCAAAAGUGGUGGUAUGAUUUCGUGACACAAUCCUUUAUAACAAACAAGAAGAAAAUUAUUUGGAUAAUAACAUGUUGAUUUACAAAAAUUAAAUAGGGUGCAAUUAGAAAAGGCUUUAGCUCUUUUAAAGACUUCAAAAUUUCAAUUGGUUAAGUGUAUCAUUUAAAUUGGGGAUUUUUUCUUUGUUCUUGUGAUUGUGAUAGUGAUAGUGAUAGUGAUAGUGAUAGGUGGAUGAUGUAUGAAAUAUUUGGCUUGAGAAUUAGAAGCCUAAAAAACAUUUAUUUUUCCAAAUUAUAGCCCGUGUGCAGCUUAACACGAAGUAAAUUAUAUGAAGUGCUCCGUAAUGAAGUCUCGAGACA